AUGGCUAAGAGAGCUUUGGGAUUAGGUCAGAAGAACAGAGAAAAGAAGAGAAAGGUAGAAUCUGGAUCAGAAGGUGGAUCUAGAAAUGCUACACCAACAGUCACUAAUCAAAUUCAAAUUGAAUUAGGUGAAGGUGUUGAUCCAGAUAAUGAAUUGGCUCAAUUACACGGUUUAUGGUUAAAUUAUUUUAAAUCUGAGAGAGAUGAUGAAUAUAUGUUAAAUGGUAUUGUUCACGAAUGUGACAGACUAAUCCGUCAAGCUCAAGAAGAUGAAGAAAUGGCUAAGCAAUUAAAUGAUAGAUUUCAUGCUAUUUAUGCAUUAGCUUUAUCUGAAUUGACUAUCUUCAAAGCUGCAGAAGAAGAAGGUAAAGAAAGAAAGUUAGUUUCUGAAUUCUUCGGAAAUGCUUUGGAUAGAUUGAGUUAUGGUCAAGCUGCUCAUCCAGAUUCCAAUCUAUUGAAAUUAGUUUUUGCCAAGAUUUUACUGCAAAGAAUCCCAUUAGAAUACAUUUUCAAAUUGGAAGUCGAUUCUGAAGAGAAAUUAGAUUUACACCAAAAAUUAGAGGAUGCUAAGAAAAAUUUUGUUAUUGUUGAUUCUGAUUUAGAAUUGAGUUAUGAAGUCUUAAACAUGUUGAACGAUUUGUUAGAUAUAGUUGAAAACUUCGGUCAUGAAGAUGAUAUCGAAGAAGGUUUGGAUAGUGAUGAUGAAGAUGGUAUCGAUUUAGUUGAGUUAAAGACUACUCAUCCACUAUAUCAAAUUCAACAACAAGUUCCAGAAAACUACCAAUGGUUAAGAUCUUCUUUUGACAACUUAUUAGAAAGUAUCAAGGAAAAAGAUUCUGAAUUAUUCCGUUCAGUAGCUAGAUCCAUUGGUGAAUUGUUGUUAAAGGAAGCCGAAGAACCUGCUUCUACUUACUUGAGCAUUAUAUAUGGUAAUGAAGACGACGAUGAAGAUGUUGAACCAACUGAUGAAUCCAAAGAAGCUCAAAAGAAGGCUCAAGAAUUAACUAAAAAAGCCUUAGAAUAUUUGGAAAAGGCUCAAAACGAAGAAGAUCCAAAAACUUGGGUACAAGUCGCUGAAGCUCAAAUUGACCUAGGUAAUUUGUUAGACUACCAAUCUUCUGAACAAGAAAGUGCUUACAAAAAAGCUGAAGAUAUUUUAAGAAAGGCCAAUAAGGCUACCAAGGGUAAGUUCCAAUUUAUCUUAGAUAACUUGUUGGAAAAGGAAUGA